GCGCCGCGAGGGACUCGAAGAUGAAGCUAUGGGAUGUGGCGGCCGUCUGCGUGCUCCUGCUCAGCGCCGUCUCCGCCUCGCCGCUGCCCGCCGGUAAGACGCCUCCCGAGGGGCCCCGUUCAGUGCUAGAGGGGCCCGAAGACGAUCACGCCCUGCCGCCUCCCUAUGCCGGGCAAAGCCACUCUAAUAUGCCAGAGGAUUAUCCAGAUCAAUUUGAUGAUGUAGUGGACUUUAUUCAAGCCACUAUAAAAAGACUAAGGAGGUCACCAGACAGACAAACUCCAAUUUUUUCUAGACGGGAAAGAAAUCGGCAAAAUGCAGCUGUAAACACGGAGAAUUCCCACAGAAAAGGACGGAAAGGUCAAAAGGGCAAAAACCGAGGAUGUGUCUUAACAGAAAUACAUUUAAAUGUGACUGACUUGGAUUUGGGAUAUGAAACCAAAGAAGAGCUGAUUUUCCGGUACUGCAGUGGAUCUUGUGAAGCAGCUGAGACUACAUAUGACCAAAUUGUAAAAAAUUUAACAAGGAAGAAAAAGCUGGUCACUGACAAAGUGAGGCAAGCUUGCUGCAGACCCACUGCCUUUGAUGAUGACCUUUCCUUUUUGGAUGAUAAACUGGUGUACCAUAUACUGAAACAACAUUCCGCUAAAAAAUGUGGAUGCGUUUGACAUUUUUGUGGAGACUUACAAUGUUGCAUUCCUACUACAAUGCAGAGAAAGGGACCAAGGUUCCCAAGGAAAUGUUUGUUCAGAAUGGAGAAAAGAGGACCAAGAAUGCAGAACAGUUGUCAUGGGAGCCUGGUAGGGCAAAAUCUGGCAUAGAGAGCUGGACUAGAUACAAAAAUGGGGGCUUCAAAUUCCUACAGGAAAGCAAAUAAAAAGCAAAGCUCAGGGGUGGAGUUCCAGAAUGGAUGGAUUGAGGGUUGCUUUCGCUAUCAUCAUGAUUUGGAUCAGUUAGGAAU